AUGGAUGCAAUGGACAAUAGUUAUUUAUGGAUAGUUAUAAUUGGUUUUAUCAUCGCCUUCAUAUUGGCGUUGGGUCUGGGCGCGAAUGAUGUGGCUAACUCGUUCGGUACAUCGGUUGGAUCUAAAGUCCUAACUCUGAGGGAUGCCUGUAUCGUGGCCGCAAUAUGUGAGACUUCUGGGGCUGUCUUGGCUGGAGGAAAAGUAACAGGUUGUUAUUUAGGGGGUCGGGAGAAAUCAGGUUUAUAUAAUAUACUGGCACACCGGUAAUCCGACAAAUAUUAAGGCCCAUUACCUCUGUCCUCCGCAGAGGUUUCUGUUCGAUAUGGUAUAAAGCGCCAUGUAAAGCUCACUGAAACCUCUGCAGAGGAGAGAGGCCCAUUACCACUCAGGAAAAUUUUCCGCAGAAAGAAAAUUUUGUAAAAUGUGUUUGGCCGACACAAAUUUUCCUUCUGUCCGUGGAAAAUUUUCCUGAGUGGAAAUCUGUCUUAAGACCUGUUUACAUGGCGAUUUUUCCUGCGAUUUUAGUUAUGAUUUUCUUCUUUUGAAGGAUGUGAAGGAGUAGAUUACUUAAUGAUGUUGUUAUGAGAUUUCAUAACUUGGAACAUUUAUAACUCAUUCACUCUUUCAUAUCCUCCAAAAGGAGAAAAUUGCAACUAAAAUUGCAGCAAAAAUCGCCUGUGUGAAUGAGCCUUUAAGGGUUUUUCAAAAUGGGUUUUUCAGUCUUCCCAAAAUUGGGAAAUCCAAGGCCGACUAAUUGCAUUUUUCGCAACUGCUUUGAACGACACCUCACCAAUAUCCACGUAUAAAAUUAUUUUCAGAUACUAUACGAAGCAAAAUAGUUGACACGAAUUGUUUUCAAAAUGACACAGAAAAUGAAGUGCUUUUGGGGUCUUUAAGUGCAUUAUCAGGUGGAGCAUUGUGGCUGAUUAUAGCAACUGCGGCAAAACUGCCUGUGUCGUCGACGCACAGUGUUGUCGGAGCGAUGAUGGGGUUUGGUUUGGUCGCAUAUGGUGGCAAGGCCAUUAAGUGGAAAGAAUUUGGGAAAAUAGGUAUGAUUUAUUUUAUGACUACUAUAGAUAUAGCUAGUUGGUUAUCAUGUAAAGCACAAGUGUGUGUAUGUGUCGUACCGGAUACUACUUUGCCAGAUAAUGUAUGGUACCGGAUUGUAGUCCACCAGAUAACUGGAUACCGGAUACUGAUGGUGGUACUCGGACAAUAUGUGAUAGUGUUGGAUCACUUGGAUGUCUCUAUUUUGCCAUUAGCUCAUGAUUUGACUGGAAUUUAUUACUUGCAGUAGUUUGAAAACUUGGUUUACGCUCGGUUUAAUUGUCAUCAUAUUUUCUUAUGUAGUGGCGUCGUGGGUGAUAUCUCCUCUUAUGGCUGGAGUCAUCAGCUCAUGUUUUUAUCUAGCAUUACAAUAUUUUGUUCUCAAAAAGGUAUGUAGGGUGUCUAGCACCCCUUUGAAAAAAAACUCUGGUAUUCCAUAUUUGAGUUGUGAACACUACUUAUUAUAUUGAAAUGAUUGAAUUUCGAAUAUGCGAGCAAAUAUUCAAGCACCAAUGUGGCGGGUCACCAUAUAAUAUAACAUGAUAGCACUUUUCUUAAUUUUUGCCUGAAAUACAAGUACUGUGAGGACAAAUUUAACAAAUAAACGUAUAGUGCUCAGAAUGCAGGAAAUUCCAUUUCAGGGCUUCAAACUUCAAAUUUUCCGGGGGAAGAAUGCCCCCGAGCCCUGUAGUAAUGCUCCCCCUCUGGAAAACCUCCACCCCCUCCAACAAAUCAGGCCAGAUCUGUCCCUGGAAAGCAAGGCUGUAUAGUCAAGGAUUUGUACCUUCCAGAAGUCUGUAUUCACAGUUUCCUUGCUUUCAACAGAGAAUGUAUAAAUCUUGAAUAUGUGUAUAUUUGUUUUUCUAGCCUGAUUCGUAUAGUGCUGGUUUGACUGCCUUGCCAAUUAUCUACUUCAUAGUUAUAUCUGUCAAUCUCUUUGCUAUAUUUUAUAAUGGUUCAGAAAGUAAGUAUCUGACAUUAAAGUAUAUGCUUUUCAGAUAGUUGUAUCUGUCACAAUUAUCUGCAGAUAUCUUAUUAUCUUAGUAUCAAUAAAGGCCCGUACAGACAAGUAGUUUUGGGGCUGACUUUUUAUGUAAUAUGAUUCCAUAUGUGAUUAAAAAAAAUUUCAUUCUAUUUUAGUGCUUCGUUUCAAUACGAUUCCCCUGUAUGGUUGUUUCAUAUUGAGUUUUGGUACGGGACUUCUUGUGGCUCUUGUUACAUACUUUGUGUUUGUACCUCACUUGACGAAGAAAAUUGAUAAAGAGUUUGAACUCGAAACUUUGGAUUCUGAAUUGAUUGACGAAAAGAAUCCUCAGAAAGGUAACCCGUCCGUGUUUACGAGGAUUGACAGCAGGCGUUGAAAUAAGUAGGUGCCAGCAGGGCUUUCAAAAUAAGUCGGUCCAUACCUCAUUAAUGAUCUGCCCCCUGCAUGACCUAUGUGCCUAACCCACCCUAUCAACUUUCCCUGCGGGAGGAGACCGGAGUACCAGUGGCGUAACGUUAUAUCAGGGGGCCCUGGUUAAAAAUUUUCGAAGGCCCCCCCCCCCCUAGUAGAAGUGCCAAAGGCACGAGUCGAGCGCCGUAUAUGCACAAGUUUUCUAGGGGGUCCAGGGCAUGCUCAUCCGGAAAAUUUUUGAAUCUAGACUCUCUGAAAUGCCAUUUCCUGGACUUUGGGGAGAGAUUUUACAGAAUUCUGAUGGUCAGAAAACGACAUUGUAACAUAUCAGAGUCCCUGGCCAAUGUUUUUGCUCUAUCGCCUAAGCCUGGGGGCCCCCAUUUGGCUCAUUGGGGUUGGGGGCCCCCGGGUUCUCCCGGUCUGAGCCCAUGGUAGUUACGCCACUGCGGAGUACCCGGAGGAACUCUCUUCACAUGAGGACUGGGUUCGAGUUGCAUUAAGAACGUUCUCACUGAGGCUUGAACCUGCGGCCUCAGAGGUGAAAGGCAAGUGUGCUAACCACUUGGCCACCUGGGAUUCUGCCGCAUACAAGUGACAGAAUGAACUUUCACUAUCUUCAUAGAUAAGGCAGUUAAGGAAGAAACGAAGUUGCUAGACAAUGCCAACGAUGGCGAUUCAAAAACCAAGAAAUAUAGCGAAGGAAUAAUUAAUGAAACUACACCAGAUGCAGACGAGGAGAAAUCACCAUCACAACCCAAGCAACAUGAAGUACUCACAGACGAACCAAAGACUGCUAGACUGUUGGCAUUUGUUCAAAUUUUAACCGCCUCAUUUGCCUCUUUUGCUCAUGGUAGCAAUGAUGUUAGGUUUGUUUGGUCAUUAACUCAUUAUUGCUAGACUAUAUAAGAAUGAUGAUUUUGGGAGCUUAGUUUGAAGCUCCGUAUGGCAGCAAGAUUUGGGGUCAAUUUCCAUAUUAAAAACCUGAAUCUAAUUACAGUCCAAAAAAACUAUCAAAGUUUCUGUGAUCACAGUAGGAAUUUUAAGUUUUGAAGGAUUUGUAUAAGAAAUGUUUGAAGGAACUGACUGAUUGUUUAACAUUGUAUAAAUCUCAAAGGAUUGAUUGCAAAUCAUCAGUGGUCCUUUUGCAAUUUUAUUCAUCCACUUCUUCUUGACAACAUUUGUUGUUUUCUACUGUAUAGCAAUGCGGUUGGGCCUCUGGUAUCUCUCUGGUUAACAUACAGAGAUGGUGUAGUUAACUCGAACUCAAAUACUCCUAUAUGGAUCUUGUUCUAUGGAGGUGUUGGUAUAUCUGUCGGACUUUGGAUCUGGGGAAGGAGAGUGAUAGAAACUAUAGGAGAGGAGCUGUCUUCUAUUACACCGUCAAGGUAAGGAGACAGAUGCAGAACGCGAUAAUUUGCGCCCUACGCACCAAAGGUAGCAUGGCCGGAUUUUGAGGGGAGGUGUGGGGAAAUUUGACAUCGUUUUGCACCUCCCCUGAGAAUUUUUGCACCUCCCCUGAAAAGUCAUGCAUCUCCCCUUGGGAAAGUUUCAAUAGAUCAAAGUGAAAAUUUGACAUUUUUUUGUUGCUUAGGGUGUACACUUCGUAAGAAAGUUUUUCUGUAAAAUUGAAAGUGAUAGCCAUUCAUCUCUGUAUCAAUUAGUACCCUUUUAAUACAAUGUUUUGAAAGAAACUUUGCAAUGAAGGGCAAAGUUGGAUGAGUUGUACAGUCAUAAUUCAUUAAUACACUGAUACAUAUGAUAGAUAGAUGAUAGAUAGAUGUUUUAUUAAAACUACUUUGCAGCUGAAGCUGAAUUGCGUAGAUGUUUACGUAAUAUGUACAAGAAUGGUGUAGGUUAUAUAAAUAUUUACAAUUGGUGACAGGAUACAAGGUGCAAAUGACAUUAUUUACUAUUUAACAUAUGUGGUAUAAAAGUGUUCUUGAAACGCUUAGUACGUGCUAAAAGAGAACCAAAGGAACGUUUGUGUCUCAGAUUAUGGCAGCGUUUACACUGUACCGUUUUCGUAGCGUUCUCGUAUUGUUCGAGAGAACUAGACUAUUGUCUUGCGUUCCCUUGAGGAUUAAAAACAAUACGAGAACGCUACGAAAACGGUACAAUGUAAACGCUGCCUAUAUGUCUGCUUCUUCAUGCAUACGUCACGUCGUUGACUUUGGCCCUUUCUAAGCCCCAACUUUCUAUGGGGGGUCGUGAGCUAGAUUAAUACAUAUUAUAUAGUCAUUGUCACUGUUUAUUAGUUUGAUUUUUUGUUAUUGUCGAUUUUUCAAAACGCUGUUCCCAAGUUCGUUGCGAACUUGCCAAUUAACUUGAAUGAAUUACUGCAGAAUUGAAUUACUGCAGAAAUACUGAAUAAAAGCGCAUUCGAUGCACAUACUACCCCUAUAUUUAAGAAGCUUGGCUUAUUAAAGCUGAAUGAUAUUUGUAUGCUACAACUUGGUCAAUUCAUGUUUCAUCAUAAAUCUUCUCUUUUACCUGAACGAUUUGACAACAUGUUUUUAAAAAAUGAUCAAACUCACACUUUUAAUACAAGAAACUCCUCCAAGUAUCAUGUACCUUCAUGUAGGACAAAUAUCAGACAAUUUUCGGUGCGCUUUCAAGGUCCAAAAUUUUUUAACUCUCUUCCUCAUGAUCUGGUUGACAUUGUGUCCUCUAUUUUAUUUAAAAAAAGACUAAAACAGUAUUUAUGUUCAAUUUAUUAAUAAUUAUGAUGUAAAGUAUUAGUCUGCAAGCUGAAGCACGUCUGCAUUUCAUAAUUUAUUAGGCCUAAUUGUGUUUUUUAUAUAUAUGGUGUACAUUUAAAGGGAGCCUAAAUUUAUAUAAGCCUUGUGGUUUCGUUUUGGGCUUCCUUGUCACCAACAUGUUAAAUUUCUAAUUUUUUGUAUAUUUGUUGUGUUGUAAUCUUUAUGUAAUGUGGUGCUAAAUCAAAUAAAAAUUCAAAUUAAAUUAAAAAACUUCUCAAGUUCGGAAAUUGGGCGUGAACUUCGCAAUAAAGUUCGCAAGUUCAUUUCAAAGUUCGAACUUUGCUUGUAAACAAAUGUUCAUAGUUGGAGUUGAAAUUACUGUAUAAGGCUCUAUGCACAUAUUACUACAGUAAAAUAUUGGUCCAGUGGUCUCCCAAGACGAAAAAUGCCUUUUUAAAUAAAUUUAUAAAUGAAAUUUUUACAUUUGUUUACAAUCGAAGUUCGAACUUUAAAAUGAACUUGCGAACUUCGUUGCGAAGUUCCCGCCAAACGUCCGAAUUUGGAAACGUAAUUGGCAAGUUGACAACAAACUUGGGAACCGCGCUUUGAAAAUUAAUAUGAAAUCGACAAUAAAACUGCCGUCAAAAUGCGAGUUACGGGCCUGUCUUCAGCCAAUCAAAACCGAGACUGUGCUGUAUACGUAAUGCUUAGCAAUAAUGCUUAAUAAUAAUGUAUUUUAUUUUUAGUGGUUUGAUCAUAGAAUUUGGCAGCGUGUGUACAGUCCUUGUAGCUUCAAAUCUCGGGAUUCCAAUAAGCACGACUCAUUGUUUGGUUGGAGCUGUCAUUUUAGUGGGUCUGGUGAGAUCCAGACAUGUUACAGAAUGGAAAGUAUUCUUCAAUAUUCUCAUUGCUUGGCUGGUUACUGUACCCGUCUCAGGUAAUGUAUGCAUUGUGUAACGCCCUGGGCAAUUUUCCUGCCAAUAUUUCGCCAUGUUUCCCAGAGUGGGCAAACACUAGGAAACAUUAGUGAGAAACAUAGGGAAACAUCAUUGGUUUCUGAAUUUGCUAGGAAACAUUUUUGCUUCCCGGGAAGCAAAUUUUGUUUCCGCAACAAUAUUUCCACGGGUGGGCAAACAGGGAAACAUUUGAGGAAAUAUCGAGAAUCACAAAUGUUUCCACAACAAUGUUUCCUAGUUUGCCCAGCGCUUAUGACUUAUAAUUAAGUUCUGUUUGGAGUAACUUAGUGGCUGAUUACAUGGAGAGUUUCAGCCCUGGCUGAGUUUCAUUUUUUUUUCAUCAAUUUUUUUUUUUUUUUUUUAAUCCAGGUCUGUUGUCUGCUGGGAUAUUUGCAUUGUUGCGUUAUGCACUUUGA